AUACUGUCUCUUUGUUGUUGGAUAGUGAAUGGAUGGUUAAUAUAGUCGGGAAACAAGCUGACAUUUCUUCAGCGCACAUCUCGCAUACCGAUAAAACGAGCGAAUGAAAUUCCACUGCUACUUAAAGUUGAAUGUAUGGGUGCAAUUGUGUGAGAAAUAGCACCCCCAUGCAACUUUAACAGUUGCCAUAACCACACUAUAUACGCAACGUAACGUAAACCACCAAUCCAAAGUCCGUUGUGUGUGUUAAAGUCAAAGGUGACCCACACGACCCGUUGUUUGACCCACACACAUACACCACCCACCUUGCACCCUACCCGACUACUACCCAUCACUUUAUAUAAAACCCGCUGGACUCAGUCAUGUCUCACUUUCGUUGUCCUAAUUCCACACUCAUGAGUGCGGCCGGAUAUUACUCUUACCACCAAGGCAAUUCUGCCGUCGAAGACGACAAUGACCGUGAUUCUUCUACUAUGCUUCUUGAAGAGCAACUACCACGCUCGUCUUCGUCGUCGUCGUCAACAAGACCAACCAUUAUCAAUGCUAGCACACUACGCAAUUCGAGGUUAUCUUCAACAACGACACCAACGAGAAACAGCAGCAGCAGCAGCAGUACUAAUAGUAAUAGCAGCAGUAGCAAUGGUUUGAGACAUGGAGGAUACAUUCACGACGAAGAGGACGAUGACAAUGGCUCCGUUCUUUCAGCUUCUAGUGCUUCUUCUUCAUCGUCUUCCACCAUUCUUGCGCCAAGACCUGCCGCUUCUACUCGUGAACCAACUUCAACAAGCGCUCGACCUGCUUCUUCGUCUUCUCGACAACAACGAUCAACAGCAGUACAACAACAGCAACAACAAAGACGAAAUCAAUUAUUAGCGGCGCAACAGCAGCAACAGCAACGUCAAUCACAACAACAGUCAAAUGACGAAGGUCGUCGUUGCUGGAUCUGUUUUGGUGAAGACGCUGAUUCUGAAGGAAACUGGGUCAAACCAUGCAAGUGUUCUCUUGUUUCUCACGAAAAAUGCUUGUUGGAUUGGAUUACAGAGAACCAAAAAGGAUCACCCUUGAAAAAGGUGCACUGUCCACAAUGCAACACACCGUAUCAUCUCUCAGAGCAUCGCAGUUUGCCGCUUGCACUUCUUACACUCGUAGACAGUCUAGUACAUACAGCUGCUCCCUAUCUGACAUUCCUUGGUUUGGGUUGCUCGAUGCUGAUCACGUCUACGACGUAUGGCGCAUAUACUGUGCUGACGCUGUUUGGUGCUCGUGAAGGCGAACGACUUAUCGGAUCACCAGUAGCAUGGACAUGGCGUACUUGGCUUGGAUUACCCUCUAUUCCAGCAGCCUUGAUUUUAUCUCGUUCACGUUGGGCAGACGGGGUCUUACCGUUUGCUGCUAUGCUAUUACUACGCGCAACAUCGACACAUCCAAACUCCCCUGUACAAGUGUCAUGGCCGCCAUCUCCAACUGUCACCGUGGGGGCAUUACCAUGGGUUAGACUACUCUAUAACAAUUUAUACCUGCUGGCGCAGCAUCAGUUAUCUCGGAAACUCCUGCAUCUUCGACGUGGACAGCAGGAACAACAACCUCAAACACGACGACAACAACAACAACAACAACAGAAUAAUACUACCGCUACUGCUCGGCAGGCACCGAAUGCAACUCAAAUGUAUCGCGAUGAGCUUGAGCGACAUGGUGCUGAAAUCCUAGGUGAUCCUACAUGGGAUGAACGUCGACGAAGAGACCAAGAACGAGAUGAUCAAACGGCAGAGGCUGAACGAGAAGCGGAUGCUUUGCUCAAUAUCCGUGAACGUGGCGAUUUGGGUGUCACUGUGAUUGGGGCACUUCUUUGGCCAACCAUCAGUAGCAUCGUGGGAAGCUGUCUCAACCAUUUCAAGUUGGUUCGCCAGUAUUUCCCCGAGCCCUAUCACAGGAGCUUUCUCGGCGGAUGCUUGUUUGUUGUGGCCAAGGACAUGGCCAGCUUGUUCUACAAGUAUGAGAAGAUCCGACAGCGCCAAUCGCGUCGUGUAUUGAACUAUGACAGCAGAAAAUAGAUAGAUACACCCUCCCCUGUUACCAUACUUUUCCUCAUCCUCCUCCUUGCCUUUCGAUCUAUUACCUCUGUUCCCCUUACAACCACAUUGGCUUUGUAUAUAACGUAAACGAACCAAUAUGAAAUCGUGUGAAUAUUAUGCAAAAGCCUCUUUCCAUUCGCUGGCGAUGCACAUAGUAGAG